AUGAAACUAUUACUAUCUUUAAUUUUAAUUUUUGCUUUAUCGACUUCUUUCAUCAAUGCUUUCAAGAUGCCACCCAAAGGCAUUAAAGAAAUUGAUUGUGCUGCCAAAAUUUCAAGUUUAAGUGGAUAUAACACUUUGUUUGAUGUAGUAUCAGCAAAUGGAGUGUAUCAAAAUGGGGACCAAGAAGGACAAGCUUCAAUUUAUGAAUCUGGUUAUAUCUCUGUCGACUAUGCUAAUCAACAGGUAUAUGUAGCAUUUGGUCUUAAUAUCGAUGGUAAUGAUGUCGUAGGCAAAACUUGGUUAUUUUCAAAAAAUCAAACCCAAUAUGUGGUACUUGAUUACCAAACUUGUAUUAAAGUUCCAUAUACUUCAGUAACUCCUAUUACAAAUGAAUUUACCAAAGUUGGUGAAAUUAAUCUUGGUAUGAUUAAUACCCAAAUCCUCCAACCAACAAUCUCAGACUCAUCAACAAUUCAAGAAAUGUUUGUCGAAACUGAAUAUUGUUCACCAUUAACUUCCAGAAUUGUAAAUGCCCCAAAUAAAACACCUGGUUUUACAUCAAUGAAUUUUUACAAUUACCAAAACACUGUUUCCCCAGCAGAUUUUGUGUUGCCAACUGAAUGUUCAGAUUUAAACUCCAUCUCAUAA